GAUGUGGAUAUUGCAGUCGACUUAUCUCUACGUUAAUUGUCACGGACGCAGCGCUAAAAUGCUUCGUCAGCCACAAGUAUCUACAUCGUUGGAACGAACUGUUCUACCAAAAUACUAUACGAGAGUGCCUUCGGUCGCAAGAUCGUCGACGAACAGUUCAGGCAUCAAUCUAGAUUGUUCAUCGAAUACGACACUCGCAACAAUUGCGAGUCCGUUCAACAGUCAAACAGCCCUAAUCGCGGAGAAAAAAGUGAUUCCUUCUGGCAAUAUUGUCAUUGCUAACCAUUACUAUGCACAGAACUUGAGGAACAAUCAUCAGAAGACUCUAAACGGGUCCCACAUAUACGACCCUCUUGACAAGGGUUCUGAUCACGAUUAUAAACAAAUCGAUCCAUUAUUGGUCGGCGAACCUCCGUAUAUGGGGGUCGAAAACACCAAGCAAACCAUGAGUUCACAAAAUAUAAAACCGGCCAAGGAUUCGGACGAUGUUUUGCAUACACAGUUCAAAGAAGUAAAACGAUCACCUAUGCGCUAUACUAUGCAGUUUUUUAAAGAUUAUUUUAUAUUUUAUUUUCACAUUCCACGGAUCUAUUCCAAACUUGGAUGAGUAUAAAGAUAUUUG